AUAUGAAAAAGAAAAAAGCACAGGGAGGCGUGUAUUACAAACCAACACGCAACUUCACCGAAACUAAACCCGGACGUGUUCCCCGUCAAAAAACCGGAUUUGAUAAUCGGCGAUAAGUCCGGCUACUUUUGUAAUUUUAUUUUGAAAGGAUUGGUUCCUUCUGGUUGGGUCUCUUUGGUCAAAAAAGGAAAAAAAAAACAAAAAAGAGAAAGAGAAGUCGGCGUCCUCCACAGUCUGAACCCUAUUUCCCCGAUUUCUCUUCCAUUUUUCAAAUUUUCCAUUUACUUUUUCCUGUCCUUUCAUUUUUAAUCAAUAAUCAGAAAAACCCUAUUGUAAACUGAACAUGGAUUUGGUGGCCAGUUGCAAGGAUAAAUUGGCGUAUUUUCGAAUAAAAGAACUCAAGGAUGUUCUCACUCAAUUGGGUCUUUCAAAGCAAGGGAAGAAGCAGGACCUUGUUGAGAGGAUAUUAGGUGCUCUCUCUGAUGAACAAGUUGCAAAGAUGUGGGCAAAAAGGACUCCUGUUGGAAAGGAAGAUGUGGCGAAACUAGUCGAUGACAUAUACAGAAAGAUGCAGGUUUCUGGAGCCACUGAAUUGGCAUCAAAGGGACAGGGUGUGUCAGACAGCAGUAAUGUAAAAGUUAAAGGGGAAAUAGAUGAUCCCUUUCAAUCAGAUAUGAAAGUUCGUUGUCCCUGUGGAAGUUCAUUGGAGACUGAGAGCAUUAUUAAGUGCGAAGGUCCAAGAUGUCAAGUGUGGCAACAUACUCGUUGCGUUAUAAUUCCAGAGAAGACUAUGGAGGGGAAUCUGCUAGUUCCUGAUUUAUUUUAUUGUGAGAUUUGUCGGCUGAGCAGAGCUGAUCCUUUUUGGAUUACUAUUGCGCACCCUUUAUAUCCAGUGAAGUUGGCUGUUACAAAUAUCCCAAAUGAUGGUACAAAUCCAGUCCUAAAUGCGGAGAAAACAUUCCAAAUCACUAGGGCAGACAAGGACUUAUUGACAAAACAAGAGUAUGAUGUCCAGGCAUGGUGCAUGCUUCUGAAUGACAAAGUUCCAUUCAGGAUGCAGUGGCCUCAAUAUGCAGAUUUGCAAGUUAAUGGCUUACCUGUUCGUGCUAUUAAUAGACCUGGCUCACAGUUGCUUGGGGCUAAUGGCCGUGAUGAUGGUCCGAUUAUAACUCCAUGUACUAAAGAUGGAAUUAAUAAGAUAACUUUGACUGGAUGUGAUGCUCGCGUAUUCUGUUUUGGAGUUAGAAUUGUUAAACGGCGAACUGUUCAACAGGUACUUAACAUGAUUCCCAAGGAGACUGAUGGUGAACGUUUUGAAGAUGCUCUUGCUCGUGUUUGUCGUUGUGUUGGUGGUGGAACUGCAACCGACAAUGGUGAUAGUGACAGUGAUCUAGAAGUUGUGGCAGAUUUUUUUGGAGUCAACCUACGUUGCCCUAUGAGUGGUUCAAGAAUGAAGGUGGCUGGAAGGUUUAAACCUUGUGUCCACAUGGGUUGUUUUGAUCUUGAAGUUUUUGUGGAGCUGAACCAACGUUCUAGGAAGUGGCAGUGCCCAAUUUGUCUGAAGAACUACUCAUUGGAGAACAUUAUAAUUGAUCCUUAUUUUAAUCGCAUAACAUCCAAGAUGAGAAAUUGUGGAGAAGAUAUUACUGAGAUUGAGGUCAAGCCUGAUGGUUCUUGGCGUGCAAAGGCUAAAAGUGAAAAUGAGCGUAGAGAACUUGGUGAUCUUGCACAAUGGCAUUCUCCUGAUGGUACUCUAUGUGUCCCUGGCAGUGCAGAGGUUAAGCCAAGAGCCGAAACGUCGAAGCAGCAGAUCAAACUUGAAGGUGCUUCAGAAGGUCAUACAGGUUUGAAACUUGGAAUCAAGAAGAAUAGCAAUGGGGUGUGGGAAGUUAGCAAGCCUGAAGAUAUGAACACAUCUUCUGGUAGUAGAUUACAAGAUAGAUUUGAACAUCAUGAGCAGAAAAUUAUUCCAAUGAGCAGCAGUGCAACUGGAAGUGUUAAGGAUGGUGAAGAUCCCAGUGUAAAUCAGGAUGGUGGUGGGACUUACGACUUUACAAGCAAUGGGAUUGAACUUGAUUCCAUGCCUCUGAACAUAGAUUCGGCAUAUGAAUUUACAGACCGAAAUCUAUCUGCACCCAUGGGAAAUGCAGAAGUUAUUGUUCUUAGUGAUUCGGAUGAAGAGAAUGACAUAUUGGUAUCUUCUGCAACUCCCUAUAAGGAUAAUCAAAAUGAUGCUUCUGGACUUAAUUUUCCAGUGGCUCCUGGAAUUUCUCAUCCAUAUUCAGAAGAUCCAGCUCUUGGGCCUGCUGGUAAUUUGGGUCUUUUUCCUACUAAUGAUGAAUUUGACAUGGGUCUGUGGUCAUUACCUUCAGGACCCUCAGAAGGCUCCGGGUUUCAACUGUUUAGUACAAAUGCAGAUGUCUCAGAUGCCUUAGUUGAUCUGCAGCGUAAUGCUCUCAAUUGUGCUCAAUCAAUGAAUGGUUAUACAUUGGCUCCAGAUGCAACAAUGGGAUCUGCAAAUCUGGUCCCUGGUUCUUCCAUUGGUCAGACUGAUACAGAUAUAAAUAAUAGCUUGGUUGACAAUCCCUUGUUUGGUACAGAAGAUCCCUCUCUUCAGAUAUUUCUGCCAACUCGUCCUUCAGAUGCAUCAGCACAGUCUGAUUUGAGAGAUCAAGCUGAUGUAUCAAAUGGCAUCCGUACUGAUGAUUGGAUUUCACUUAGGCUUGGAGAUGGUGCAACUGGUGGUCAUGGGGACUCGACAACAGUGAAUGGAUUGAAUUCAAGGCAGCAGAUAUCUUCCAGAGAACGUACUAUGGAUUCUUUGGCGGACACCGCUUCUCUGCUGCUUGGUAUGAACGACAGUAGAUCUGAGAAGUCUAGUAGGCAAAGAUCCGAGAGCCCUUUUCUAUUUCGGCGGCAAAAACGUUCUGUAAGACAGAGAUUAUAUCUUUCUAUUGACUCAGACUCUGAGUAAUUGGACUUGUUUGCUGAAAGUUACUGGCCCUCCUCACUUUGUGAAUUUUUGGGGAAUACAAGGCAUCUCAUGGAGAAAUUUGGUGAUCACUCGUGACUGGCAUGCCAGUGGACGUGAAGCGGAAAUUUCGAAAAGGAGCACAGCUUAAGGUAAGAAUGGCUGCAAGGGAACUGUCCUAUCUCCGAUGGUCUUUGAGCUGGCAACUGCAGAAGUUUUUUGUUAAAGAGGGUGAGCUUGGGGCGUUAUGCCUGUUAGUGUUGUCUGCACACUCGACGAAGCUCUACUUGUAACAGGGUUGUUACAAGCAACUUCCACCACAGUUAAAACACAGAUGAGCAGGUCCGAUUGAAUUUGUACAGUUAAGUCAUUUAGUCCGAGAAUUGGAAUUACAUCCAUUGUUUCAAAACCUUUGGAUGCAUUGCAGUGGGGAAACAACCCUGAAGUAACACAAGGAUCCACCAUUUUGACUCUUGGUUUAAGAUGAGAUCAAAUAACCUGUAAAUUCACUCAAAAUUCAGUUACUUAAUAGAGAAAUGCUAUAUUAUCAAA